CGCAUCGUCUGCACGCCCUCUAUUGUACCAAAUGCAAAAGAUAGGUUAUGGAUUGUUAAGAUGGUUUCGCUGUUUGAGAACUACGAACAGCAAUAUUCGAUACUAACAGCAGAUAUUACAUCACAAAUUGGCCUUUUGAGUACAUCGGGCUCAAAAGAUCGUCGUCAGCUUAUCUCAAAUAUUGAAAAAAAUGUCAAAGAGGCGCAGGAAUUGCUCGAACAAAUGGAUUUGGAAGUUCGUGAGGUGGAAAUGUCGAAACAGCAAAGGUGCAAAACGAAGCUCGACUGUUAUCGGGCAGAGCUCAAACGUCUCACGCUCGAAUACAUAAAGGCUCGGUCGAUAAAGCAGGGGACGUUUAAUUACGAAUCGCAGGAGGAAUUCGAAGAUAUACGAAUAAGCGAGAAUCAAAAACAAAAGCUGCUAGAUAAUUCGGAACGAAUCGAAAGGACGGGUAAACGGCUGGAUGAUGGAUAUAGAGUUAUAUUAGAAACGCAAGAGAUUGGUACACAGGUGUUACAGAAUUUAAAUGAACAGAGAGAAACCAUACAAAGAUCAAGAGAUCGAUUAAGAACAACAAACGAAGAUUUGGGCAACUCAUCCCGAAUAAUGAACAUGAUGAUAAUGCGUUCCAUCCAACAGAAAAUAAUAUUUUUAAUCGUCGGUGCCUGUUUCGUUAUUGCCAUUUCCUUCGGACUGUAUCUUGGUUUAAGUAAAUAAUAUAAUUUUUAUAAAUAACGAGAUAUAUUAACUGUGCAACUGUUAUAAUAGUAAUAAAUUUUUACGAUUUUUAUCUCACGCCCUGUACUAUAUAUUUUAAAUUGUUAUUGAUUUAAAUGUUGAGAGUAUAUUAUAAAAGUUGUUACCUGCGCUAAUUUAUUUUAGUUCUAAAUUAAGAUCAAAGUUUUGUAAAUGCAACUUUAUAUACCGUAGUUUAGGAACUAUGCAAUGCAUGCUACACUUCAGUAUUCACUUUAGUAAUAAGAUACAUUUAUUUUAAUAUUGAUACCACUAUCAAUACAUGUGAUUUCGAAAUAUAUAAUUCCUUUUGUUUUAA